CUCAGAAGACGACAUGGAGGACAUAGAGGAAAGUGCGGCGACCAAACGCUUGUGGACUUUCCUCUUUUAUUUUGGCGGUCCAAAAUGUUCGAGGUCAUCUUGAUCUUUCUAUGGCGUGCCAGCUGGAUCGACUUUGUGAGUACCAGUUCGGAGCAGAGGAAGUUGCGCUCCCGGGAUGCGGCCCGAUGCAGACGGAGCAAAGAGACCGAGCUCUUUUACGACCUGGCUCGGACGCUACCCCUCCCCCGGCGGGUCUCCACCCACCUGGACAAAGCGGCCAUCAUGAGGGUCACCCUCAGCUUCCUGCGCAUGCACCGCCUCCUCCAUCCUGGAGGCGAGAGUCCGAGUUUGUGUGAAGACAAAGAAGAGGAGGAAAAGGAGGUGGAGGAGGAUGAAGAAGAAGACGAAGACCCAGCCAACGGGCUGUACGCUCAGGCGCUGGCGGGCUUCAUCGUGGUGAUAUCGGAGGAGGGGGACAUGAUCUACCUGACGGAGAACGUCAACAAGCAUGUCGGCAUCGCUCAGUUGGAGCUGCUGGGUCAGAGCGUCUACGACUUUAUUCAUCCCUGCGACCAGGAAGAGCUCAGGGACAUCCUCUCCCUGCGCCCCGGCUGUGGUAAAAAAGGAGCCAAAGGUCAGCUCAGCCUCAAGAACCUCUUCUUACGGAUGAAGAGCACACUGACCACCAGGGGGCGCACCGUCAACAUCAAGUCUGCCAGCUGGAAGGUGUUCCACUGCACAGGUCACAUGCGCCCACUGGGUGACCCGUCGGCGUCCCCUUGUGGCACGGUGAUGACGCUGCUGUGUGAACCCGUCCCUCACCCGUCCAGUGUGGACUUCCCUCUGGACACGCACACCUUCCUCACCCGCCACAGCAUGGACCUGCGCUUCACGCACUGCGAGGGCAGGGUGACGGAGCUGGUGGGGUACGAGCCGACCGAACUGAUCGGCCGCUCAGCGUUCGAGUUCCACCACGCGCUCGACUCUGAUCACGUCAACAAGAGCCUGCAGACGCUGCUGGCAAAGGGUCAAGUGAGCACCAGCCCCUACCGCUUCCUGGCGAAGGGCGGCGGAUUCGUGUGGGCGGAGACUCAGGCCACCGUCCUCUACAGCAGCAAAAUGUCACAGCCGGAGGCGGUGGUCUGCCUCAACUUUGUACUCAGCGCCGUUGAGCAGUCGGAUGUGGUUUUGUCCACGGAGCAGCUUUGCAAAGAAGCAGAGUCGCCGCCUUCAGCCGCGGAGGACUCUGAACGCCUUGACGAGAACACGGGUCCCAGUCCCAGCAGCCUGUCUGAGGUUGAGGCGACAGACGAGCUUCUUCAGGUGACGCCGGCAGACGGAGACGCCGUUUCUCCGCUGACAGGAGAUUUUGUGUCUCUCUCCUUUGCGACACCGCACAGUCCAGACAGCCUCCCUGACGACCCCGAGGACCUGUGCACACCAGAGCUGAGACAGCUGCUCUCGCCCAUAUUCAACCCCAUCACCCCUCCAUCAUCCUCAUCAUCAUCAUCAGACAAAGGCUCCUCACCGCAACCCCAGCCAGUACAGAGCCAAUGCGAGGAGAACGUGCUGGACACCAGUGAGGUGGAGAAGUUUUUCGCCUUUUGUCCCGAAGAUGGCGACAAGGCGCAGGAUCAAGAACAGCUGGUCAUGGACGGGAUGGAUCUGGAAAUGUUGGCUCCUUACAUCUCCAUGGACGAUGACUUCCAGCUGACCUUCUUCAGCGGCAUGCCGGAGGAGGCGAGCGAGCCUCCGUCUUCUUCGCCAGAGACCCCCAUCGUCAACAGGAAGCGGGCUUACGACCCAGAUGAGGAGGACACGCUGUCCCAGAUGAUAACGGGUGACAAGAGACACAAACACGACCCCCCCUCACUGGAGGAGGAGCUCCUUCUGAGCCACUCGUUGCUGGGCUGCCUGGAGGAAACUGGCCAAUCCGAGGUGGGGUUUGGCCCACAGGGGCGGAGUCACCUCCUCACCGACAGAGACCCUGUCUUAGGCGGCAUGAAGGGGCUCUGCGACACAGCCGCUCUGAUGAGGGACAUAUUCAAGUCGCACCCGCCCGACUUGUUCCCGCCUCGGUUGCACAUGUCCUGACAAAGCGGUCCACCUCUUUCAUCUGCACGUGGCAACAUCCUAUGGUGAAGUACGCCAUGAGUUCCUUGGGUGGCUGCUGGUGACAUGUGCGUGGACAUCAUUGACGGGGGGGUGACUUUAUGUGAGCAGCAGGUGGGGGCACGCAAACCCAUGAUGCUUUGCUCACUGCAAUCAAACAUGAAUGAUAAAACAUGACAGUGGCAUCCUUUUAUACACCUAAUUUCCUUACUGUAUUUUUAUAGUUGCCUAGUUGGGGGAGGGGUGUUCCUUUUAAUCUCCUGCAUGUGCCAGGUGGGCGGGGUUGACUUUAUCUAACACUCCCUCUUUAUUAAAAAAAUAUUGUCCAUGUAGCUUUGUAUGAUGUAAAGGCUUUAGGUAGCAUAGCAUCAAUUAGUUUAUGCAGCUAUAGUAGGCAAAAUAAACUGUACUGUUUUUUUAUCUGUAACUUUGAAGAAAUCAUGCCUGAGCGUGAAUUAUGAGCUUCGACAUGAUUGUUUUUUUGCUUCCAUUUUAAUAAAAGGUGCAAAAGCUU